GACUAGUUACUCAUCUCGCGAUCGGACCGAAUAUUACCGUGGGAUCUCACCUUUAGUUCCGCUGGCUGGGUUCACCCGUCAUCGCCGGGUCGUCUGCUGGGAGUCUUAUCACGACCGUUGUCUUAUCAGGACCGUUGUCUUAUCACGAGUGAUGCUGUUGUCUUAUCCUGAUAGUUCCGUUUCGUAAUCCGAGGCUGGAAUCCAAAAUAGUUCGGUUUUCGACCAUGUGCAACCUCUACCCUAUUGACUUCCUCGUAUGUCGAUUGAUUUUCCUAAAAAUGUUGCUGGUAAUACGGUGAGAACGUCCUCUACCCACGUGUUUACUUUAAAGGUAUUCUAAAAUUAUCAUAUAGUUACCGUAUUUUAUCUGAAAGUUUCUGUGAAAAAGUGAUAUCUUGUGACCCAAUUGCGGUUUGGACUCGUGAUGGAUAUUAUUGUCGGUUGUUUUAAUAGUGCGUGUGCGAAAUAUAUGGCAUUCGUUUAAAAUGCUCAGUUUGUGUGUUCAGUUCGUCCUGUUGUGCGUGUUGUAUUUUGCGCCCGUGAAGGGUGUCUUCCAAUCAUUAGACCCUUUGGAAGUAUUCCGUGAUUGUAAUUACACGACUCGAUGCGAAGGUCUCUUCGGUUUUAGCGAUUGCAAGAAUGGGAAGUGUGAGUGCAGGAAUGGUUUCUACUUCGCUAAUUUGGGAGGUUUCCCAUUUUGUCAAAUAUGUCCAAAUUUUGGGGACAGGUGUGAUACAGCAAACUGCUGUCGGCACUCGGACUCCGUCGCGUGCAUUGAUGGAUUCUGUAGGUGCAAAGAUUCUUCCAUGGAUUCGUGUUUGCACUUUGAGCAAAGCACUGAGCUAAUGAUAGCUGCAAAAUUAGCUCUCUUCGGUGUUAUCUUAGUAUCUCUUGCAAUUUUGCUCAUGGUUUUACGGAGGUCUUGUGGCGGGGAGGAUUAUGACACUCCCGGUUCCGGGUAUCGUAGAGAUAGAAUCUAUGCUAGUCUCAAUUCCAUCCAAAGGUUUGUCCUAGCCAAAAUGCAAGACCGACCUCCUCCUUACGAUGAACUAGAACCUCCGAGCAAGCCUCCUCCUUACUCAGUUGCUCUAUCAACUCAGGAUUGCUACGGAUGCGAAGCCCCACCUCCUUACUCAUUCUCCAUGUUCGCGCAAUCGACCUCAGGAACAGGCGUCUCGAACCCCGGUUUCACCGACAUCCCAGGGACCCCCGACCUGAGCCCCUCAAUCCUCCCCAUCACCUUACCCUCAGCGGCGGGCUCCAGCGCCCCGCCCUACCCCGCGGCCCCCGAAAGACAAGAACAAACAGUCUCAGAGCUACAACGGCCGGUCCUAGCCGACCCCACCGUCCGCCGGAUGUCCAACUACAGCACCUUCACUCAACCGGAAACGAACGUCACUUCCGGUUUGAAUCUCGAGUUUCCGGCGCCUGAAAGCACGUCGCUGUCCAAUCAAACAAAAGAUCUUCUGAUCCGGAGGGUCAGCACGUCCGAGCGAAACCCGAGUAAAAGAAUCAGGAGCGUUUCCAACCCAAUUGCUGGUCCCUCGUUUAGAAUGAAUUCUUGUUCGCCGGAAACGGUGGUGGACUGGCUAGGCAAAGAGAUCGAACCUGGUGGUUCCCCGGUGGACCACGCGGUCCAAACGACGGACCUGCCGUUCCAUGAGCCGAGCACGCCGGACGACUGGUUGACGUCGACGCUGGGUCAGGUGGUGCAGCAGCCGGGUCCUUCAACUAGGAGAUGUAGCUCGGAGCAAGGCAGGAGCGAAGAGUCAAAAAUUCUGCGUCAUCUCGGAUCCCUGGCCACUUUCUUCAUCUCAAGGAGACGGGGAUCGGACCAUUCGACUGUUUCGGACAGUUCGGAGCCGGGUUCCAUGGCGUUGGCGCACGAAUAUUAUUCCUACGAGAACGAAGAUGACGCCUCCUUUCUCGUUUCGCACAUUCACCCGUCCGGCCGGGUCUCAACGCCGGAACUCCCGGCCGAGAGCCCCGUCACAGCCCCGAAGUAGCAUUUUUCGACGGGAAAAUCGCGAAAUUUUGAAAUUAAGUUGCGACCCAUUUACGAUUUUUUGGCGAUAAAACCGUUAGGGUCGUCGACAUCUGAGCGGAUUCGAAGAGAUUUCGAACUCCAGCGGGCUGAUUGUUGAAAUUGAUAGACAGAGCGAUAGACAAAAGAAGACAUAGGAACUACGGAGCGCCUAUUGGUCGACUUUGGUGGUUCGUAUAGACUACGAGAGCAAAUUAUGGACUCAAAUGAUAGGGUCUCUCGUGGGUUGCCGUUAGUUAGUCUAUUAUCUACCUCCUCUGUCCAUAGCAACCACCCGCUUCUACCAGUAGAAUCCCUCAAUAUCCCUUUUGUCUUCUUUGACUAUAGCUUUGUCAAUAAAUUUCAGUAAUCAGCCCGCAGGGCUAUCUAAAGCGCCGCGCCGGAUGCGAGAAUGACCGGAGCGCCUUCGAUUUUUCGGUUAUGCAAUAAUGACAUCUAUUAGGCACGAAUAGUUGCAUCCAGGCGUUUCCACGAAAGACCAGGCCGUAUCUGAGUUACCUAUUGUAACUGCAGCUGACUUGUUUCAAUUUCUUUUAAUAUGAAAUGCAAUUAUCUAUAUGUUUUAAUCCUGGGUACAACGCUGUAUUACGCGGUACGACCCGCCAUGAAUGUAGGCUGUGCUAUUGAAAGAAAAAAUAAGAGUCAUAACAUUCGUUUUCUCUUGAUAAAAGACAUUAAAGAAAACUUAAUGAUAAUGUUAAUGCACUUACGUUGGCGUGCGCUCAUAUUGUAACUUGCAUACCUAGAAUUAAAGUUUACUGUUGUUGAUGAUAGGACGUAUUUUUGCGAAAAAGGCCUGCUGUUGCAAACGAGAAUAGAGAGGUCGUAAUAACUACGAUUCUGUGACGUCACGCUAGUAGGUGAAACUCGACCGCGAUUAACUAUAAUCAUAAUCAACAGAGCUUUUAAAUUAAUUAAGCUUUAAUUAUGAGAAAAGUUUGAUGUACGAAAGGAAAAUCACUGCCUGAGCGGUUCAUGAUGAAGUCUCGUGUGGGGACGAGCACGCUUGAAAAACGUGAGAUUUGACAUGCGAGUCGAUUCGAUCGGUUUAAGGCAGCUUAUUAUGGAGAUUAAUUUCGAUCAACUGGUGUAUUACACGUAUGUGCCAAUUAAGUGCUGCUUCUGAUGUAUUGCUUGCGAAUAGUAAUAAGGGAAAAAUGUUUGUCUCUACUGGAAAAAUAAACCUAAAAUGAGGAGCUUGGAAGACAAUGCGCAUAAGUGCAGUUUUUGAAUAAAUUGAGAUAUUAAUGAUUUUAAGUAAAAAUAAUCUGAAGGCAUAUUCUGUGAAAAAUUCGCCCCCAAAUUCCAAUUUUUAAGCAUCAAAAAGUCAGUUUGAACAUUCUUCCCGCCUGAAGGAUUCAUGUAAUUCCGAAACUUCAAACACGUAUUUCUCGAAAUAGCAAAAACUGUACUGAUGCGCCUUGUCCUCCAAGCAUCUCAAAUAAGUUUGUAAAUGGACCGGGCAUUGUAACUAAUUAGCGAUGAUUUACAUGGUUAAUUCAUGCUUUUCAACUCUUUUUUGGUGUAUUUCAAGUUAACAUCGAUCUAAGUGGAAUGUUAAAAAUUCGCCAAGACUGAGGAAAGGAAAUGAAAAAUUAAAUAUGUAUAUAAGUAUAUGCAAAAAAAAAAAUAAUAACAAAAUAAUGUAAUUCUAGAAAAAGCAAAAUGCGUUUGAUCCAUGGCAUUACUCUAUGCUGCCUUGCACGGUCGGAUAUUUAAAACAAAAAAAAAAUAGCACGCAUAAAUAAAAUUGAAAACUGAAAGAUCAUUGUUUAUUCAUAACUGGAUCCGCAGUUAAUGUUGAUGACAGAACUGUCUCGGGUCACUAAGCUUAAUUUUAUUUUCCCCAAGUCGUACGCAAGUACAUGAUUUGUUGAGAACCAUAAAUUACCAUUCGCAACGCAAGAAAUUUCAAUGUUACGAACUUCUAGUUUUUAAAAAUUCUGUGAUAAUGUACGUUGUACUAAAUUUAAGUUUUACCUAUAGUGUUAAGUGAUAAUUUUAAUAUUUUUUUUUUGUUUUUUUUUACGUGUGAAGAAUCAAUUUCGUUCGAUUAAAAACACUAGAAUCAGCAAGGUCUCUCUGUGUUCAUGAGUGAAAAUUAUUUUGAAGCACCUGUACCUCAAAAUAUAUUUUAUACAUUAAAAAUAUUUGUAUAAUAUUAUCAUGAAGAACAGGAUAAAUUGGACGUAUGUCUAUCAAAUGGAACUAUGUGCAUUAAGACGUGAGCCCUGUUAUAUGCACAUUAUUCUUAUGGGUCUCAGGGCUCAUGUCUUAAUGCACAUAGUUCCGUUUGAUAGAAAUACGUCCAAUUAAUACAAUAAUUAAUUUUCUAAGUGCAAUAUGCGUGUCCAGUCUACAGUUCAGGGAUACAUAUACUUACAACACAUAGAUUUAUGAAGUACACAGUCUUUUUAGUCCUCUUUUCAAACUAUUUUACGACAUUGAAAAUUAAAGUUGUAAUUACAUGUUAGUUUUGUUUCGAAA